GGGCCAGGUGAGCUAUGGUACCUCAGCUGCCCCUGCUGCUGCUCUUGCUAUUAGCCCCGCAGGGUGGGCAGGGCUGCCAUGGGCUGGAGCUGGACAGGGAACUUGUCCUGGCCAAGGUGAGGGCCCUGUUCUUGGAUGCCUUGGGGCCCCCAGCAGUGAUGGGGGAAGGUGGGAGUCCUGGAAUCAGGCGGCUGCCCAGAAGACACGCUGUGGGGGGCUUCACACGAAGGGGCUCUGAGCCCGAGGAGGAGGAUGUCUCCCAGGCCAUCCUUUUUCCAGCCACAGGUGCCGGCUGUGAGGACCAGCCAGCUGUUGGAGGGCUGGUCCAAGAGGCUGAGGAAGGUGUCUUCACAUAUGUGUUCCGGCCAUCCCACCACACACGCAGCCGACAGGUGACUUCGGCCCAGCUGUGGUUCCAUACGGGGUUAGACAAGAAGGGCACAGUGGUCUCCAAUAGCUCUGGGCCCCUGCUAAGCCUGCUGGUGCUGUCGUCUGGGGGACCCAUGGCUGUGCCCAUGUCCCUGGGCCAGGCACCCCCUCGCUGGGCUGUACUGCAUCUGGACACCUCUGCUCUCCCUCUGCUGACUCACCCUGUCCUGGUGUUACUGCUGCGAUGUCCUCUCUGUUCCUGCUCAGCCCGGCCAGAGACCACACCUUUCCUGGUGGCCCAUACUCGGGCCAGACCACCUAGCGGAGGGGAGAGAGCUCGGCGCUCCACUCCCCCAAUGCCCUGGCCUUGGUCUCCUGCGGCUCUGCGCCUGUUGCAGAGGCCUCCAGAGGAACCUGCUGCCCACGCCUACUGCCACAGAGCUGCACUCAACAUCUCCUUCCAGGAGCUAGGCUGGGACCGGUGGAUCGUGCACCCUCCCAGCUUCAUCUUUCACUACUGUCAUGGUGGCUGUGGACUGCCCACUCCGCCAGACCUCCCCCUGCCAGUCCCCGGGGUUCCCCCUACCCCUGUCCAGCCCCUUUCUUUGGUGCCAGGGGCCCAGCCUUGCUGCGCUGCCCUCCCGGGAACCAUGAGGCCCCUGCACGUCCGUACCACCUCAGAUGGAGGUUAUUCUUUCAAGUAUGAGACAGUACCCAACCUUCUCACACAACACUGUGCUUGUAUCUAAGGAGUUCUGCUUCCUUAGCCCAAAGCUGGUGACCAAACCCUUACCACUGUCAGCUGGGAGGAAGGGCAGAGUGCAGAAAAUAAAUGGUUCCCCCUUACUCCUUUCUUCUACUUCUCUGCCAGAGGGAUCCCUCCCCAUUCCCCCCACCAUGGGCAACAUGUGAUAAUAAAGAACAGUGCAUAUGACUUGG